AUGGCUUCGUCCAAAGAUCAACAAAGGGAAACAGAGAACGACACAAUUAAAUGUCCACUUUGCUUCGAACCAUUUACAGAACCUAAACUACUGGAUUGUUUGCAUACUUUUUGCAAGGAAUGUCUUGAAAAGCUUUGUGAACAUACUGGAGAUAGAAAGACAAUGUUGUGCCCCCUUUGUCGACAUGAAUUCUCGAUACCUAAAAACGGCAUUGACGGGAUCAAACAUAACUUCUACAUGGAAAUGCUUCUCAAAGAAAAAGAAGCUCUGUGUCAAGCAUGCGAGAACGGCGACAAAGCGACACAGCGAUGUUUUGAUUGCGAUCAGAACCUUUGCACAAAUUGUUACAGGAUACACCAAAAUUUGAAGACAACCAGGUCGCAUCGAAGCGUUGAUAUAGGUAAUGAAAUCACAGGAAUGCAAACUCAGACUUUUUAUUGCCCAAGGCAUAGUGGAGAAGAACUGAAGUUUUUUUGUUGUCAGUGCGAGAUUAAUAUAUGUCGUGAUUGUAAACUUACGAAACACGAAGGGCAUAAAACUGAAGACAUAGAUAUCAUUGCUGAAAAUUCGAAGAAGGCAUUGGAAUUAAAACUGGAGAAUUUGGUGAACUUAAAUGAUUUAUUGCUUUCAACGGCAAAUGAAGACAUAAUGAAUGUACAAAAAUAUCUUGAUGGUGAACGAGAGAAUUUGAUUAAAGCUAUCGAAGAACAGACAAAUAACAUUGUUGAGCGCAUUAGAACUAUUGGGGGCAAAAUGGUCAGCGAAGUAGACGCUCAUUUUGAAAAGGAAAAAUCGUAUCUGGACGAAAAAAAAUCUUUCAUUGUUCAAUCCACUGUAUCCCUAAAACGUCAGUGUGUCUACAUUCAACAAGUUCUGAAACAUGGGGUACUACCCGAUGUAACACAAGCUAACUCUUCAUUGCAUAACUUGAAAAUGAAGGAACUCUGCAGUGAACAGUGUGCAGUAAAUUCUUAUACUCUUCCAGUAUUUGUUCCCUCUGGGUUCGAGACUCAAAUCCCAAAAAUUGGAGAUCUAGAUUUUAUAGCAGUCAAUCUAAUACUAAAGGAAAAAUUUCGAUUUAACUGCGAUUGUCCCGUCAACAACGUGAUUUCAGAUAUUUUUUCAUCACGGGAAGGUACACAAUCCUGGAUUUUGUAUCAACACAUAAAUUAUGUUCCAAAGCAACUCCGGGAAAUAACGGGCGGUCUAUAUUCAGAAAGAGGAGACUUGGUUUCAGUGGUCAGAGGAAAUAUAAAUAAGAUUUUAUUUAAAUCUUCUGGAGAGGAGGUGCAUUUUACAAAAGUACAAACGUGGACCUCAUAUGAAAAACAGAAUAAGCAACAAACGCAGUUUGUUAGACCAGAUAUCCGUGCUGUUACCUUGAACGAAGAGGGUGAAAUCAUGGCACUUCUGACAAAAAAUCGUGUAGAGACUAUCGGAAGCAGAGGUCAGACCUUAAAAGUUGUUGAACUGAAUUCUGUAGUAUCUGCUGAUAAAAUCGCAUUCGGUGGAAAUCAUGUGUACUGUUUAGACAGAUCAAGACACAGUAUUGCAUGCUUUACGAAAAACUUUGAUUUCGUUAGAACUGUUGGUCCACCUAAGCCGUGCUUGAAUUCUUUUGAUCCAAUAUCCAUUUGUUGCGAUGGAAAAGGAAACGUGUUUGUUUGCGAUUACCAGAACGACCGUGUCUGUUGCCUUAUUGGAUGGCAAUUUAUAACUGUUAUUAGAGGGAUUCACCGACCUGUAGCAGUUGCUGCAGACAGCCAAGACAGACUCUGGGUCGGGAAGCAGAAUGGAGAAAUUGUAAUUUACGAAAUUAAGGAAAAACUCUAGACAUCAGUAUUGAAUCUCAGAGGUUGUUCUAGUAACAUAUUGUAUGGAUAUAAGAGUACGACA